AUGUUUGGUGGAAGUGGUUCACAAUGUGUUCAACUGCAAGACAUUCUCUACGACGAUGUGUUUGCGUCGUACAUAGAGCAUCCGCGGCUCUUGAACGUUGUGUCGCAGUUCAUCGGCGACAACGUCUCUGCGAUGCACACCAUGCUUAUAAAUAAGCCUCCGGGGACGGGACGCCAUCCUCCGCAUCAGGACAUAUAUUAUUUCCCGUUCCGCCCGGCACACAAGAUCAUAGCGGCGUGGACGGCCAUAGACGACGUGACCAUCGACAACGGAUGCCUGUACGUGCUGCCUGGCAGCCAUAGAGGAGAGCUGCACAGCCAUGGGUACCCUGAGAAAUUCAUGCGCCUCUACCACGGAAUAAUGGAAGAGGAUACCAUAGCGCCGGAAAACCAACGAGUGAACUUAGAGAUGAGUCCAGGGGACACAGUGUUCUUUCACCCACACUUGGUGCAUGGCUCCAGGCCUAACGUGUCCAAGGGCUACCGAAAAUCCAUAUCGUGCCACUACGCAAGCAGUGAUUGCCACUUCAUAGACGUGACCGGUACUGUGCAGGAGAAGAUUGCUGAGGAAAGCAUCGCUGAAGCGAAGAGACGAGGCAUUGAACUGACUUACGAGGAAAUUUGGAGAUACAGGAGCAAACACGUGAAGGGAGUCAGAUCCAAUUUGUAAGUUUAUUUACACGUAAAUUAAUAUAAACAUUUUAUCGGAGUGCUUAAGAUUUAAAGAUCAUUUUCAUCGGGUAUAAGUGCGAGAUUUUUAAUUUUUUAUGAUUGUAGUACAUUAUGUAAAAUAAAUUUUACUCUAUUAGCUUUAAAAACGGUGCAAUGUGAUAUUAUAAGUAUGUCUAUAUCAUUUUUAUACUAUUAUAUCAAAGUUAUUUUGUUAUAUUAAAAGUUAUCGAGAA